AGGAUCUGUAGCCGAGACUCUGUUUUGCAUUGUGCAAGUUGAUGGAUUAGAACAAUGAUAAUCUGUGGAAGCUUCUCUUUUGGUCGAAGACGCGACUAUGGGACUUGAUUUUGUAGCGCUGCUGGAUUUUCUACUUCGCCUAGGCUGAUUUGGCUGGUGUAAGCAAAAUGAGGUUUUGGAGGGAACGUGAAAGGGAAAAUAAGGAACAUGUCGUCGCGCCAUUAUGCGGCCAAAUUCGAGUAUUGGUGGUUGGUGAUUCAGGUGUGGGAAAGUCAUCUCUUCUUCAUCUCAUUGUCAAAGGCUCCUCUAUCGUUCGCCCUUCUCAAACUAUUGGAUGUACAGUUGGUGUCAAGCACUUAGCUUACGCAAGUCCUGCUAGUUCUUCAAGUAGCAUUAAAGGUGACUCAGAGAGAGAUUUCUUUGUCGAACUUUGGGAUGUAUCUGGUCAUGAACGAUACAAAGAUUGCCGCUCACUGUUCUAUUCACAAGUUAAUGGAGUUAUCUUUGUUCAUGAUCUUUCUCAACGAAGAACAAAAACAAAUUUGCAGAAAUGGGCAGGUGAAGUUUCAGUAAAUGGGGCGUUUUCAGCUCCACUUUCUUCUGGUGGGCCUGGUGGUCUUCCCGUCCCUUACAUUGUUAUUGGAAACAAAGCUGAUAUUGCUGCAAAGGAAGGAACAAGUGGAAGCAGUGGCAAUCUUGUUGAUGCAGCUCGUCAGUGGGUUGAGAAGCAAGGUCUGCUUCCCCAUAGUGAUGAACUUCCUCUCUCUGAGAGCUUCCCUAGCAAUGGUGGUCUCAUAAUGGCUGCCAAGGAAGCUAGAUAUGACAAAGAAGCUCUGAACAAAUUUUUCCAUAUGUUGAUAAGAAGAAGAUAUUUCUCAGACGAACUACCGUCGCCUUCUUCAGCAUGGUCUCUUUCCCCUGGACCUUCCCAGCGGUUAGACGAGGGCACAAGUGAUGAAGAUCAGUUCUAUAAAAGAACAAGCCUAAGGGAAGGAGAUCCUUACAAGUAUAACACAUUACCACAACACAACCUCACGCAGCCUCCUACACUCUAUCCGCAGCAACCACCUGACCGUUACAGUUACGCCAUUCCGAGAUUCUCUCUUUCCAGUGUAGAGGAGACCAACAAUGGUAAUGGCAGGUCUAAGCCGAUGGAUAUUAACGUUUGAAAUUAAAAUACACAUCAAAAAUCUCACAUGUUUUUCUGUAAUAAAAUAUAAAUCUUUUUGACAUAA